AUCACGUGCGCACUUGCGAAGCAAUUAAUUUAAGGCUGUUAAGGUCUCUUACAGGCCAUAAGUUCACGGGAUACGUGAAGAUUUGCACGUUAAGAUUUUCACUUGGGCACGUGAAGAUUUGUACUUGUUCACGUGGAGAUCUUUCCUUUCGCAAGCGAAGAAAAACAUAUUUCGGAUAUCAUCUUCAAGCAAACGUUAGAAAAGCACCGUAACACUGGACCCCACUGCAUGUUUACGAACGGGAGCGCUUAUAAACUUUAAUACUCACACAUGUUAUAUUUGUUCACAGAAGUGAACAAUAUUAUUUGAUAAAUAUAUGGACCGAAAAACCGCCUAUAUACAAGAGGAUUCUCAUCAAGGAAAAGAUGUUGAUUAUGACAAAAUCAGCUGCUCCGUUGACUAUUUGAAGAAAUCCCGCUUCAAUGGAUUGUUUGUGAACGGAACGUUGGGAGAGGGCCUCAGUCUGUCGCUGGAGGAGCGGAAACAGAGCCUCGAGGAGUGGAUGCGUCACGCGGAAGGACUUCAGCUCGUAGCCCACAUUGGGACCGGAAACCUGAAGGAUACACAGGAGCUGGCCCGGCACGCCGAACGUAUAGGAGUGGACGCCAUAGCCGCCCUCCCGCCUACCUACUACAAACCCGCAAAUGAAGAACAGCUGGUGGAGUACGUGAUCGGGGUCACCAACGCCGCACCGAACACACCGUUCCUUUACUACGAAUAUGACGUCACCACCGGAUUACACCUGAAUAUCCCGCUUUUCCUGCGUUUAGCCAAACACCGGGUUCCCACGCUGUAUGGUGUGAAACAUACCACGGCGGACCUAAACUCCGCGCUUAACUGCGCCCUAGCGUGCCGCCGGAAAUACAAGAUCUUCUACGGAACGGAUGCCAUGUACCUUCCGGCGCUCUCCCUGGGACUCGAUGACGUCAUUUCCGUGCCCGUAAUGGGAACCCUCUUACACUUGAUAAAGACGAACUUUUUAAAUGGCAACACCAAGGAGGCCCAAAAAUGUCAGGAGACAGCCCUUCGACUGCGGAACAUUCAACAGGAGCACGGGGGCGGUAUCGCUGUUGCCAAGGCGACGUUCGAGCUCAUGUCCGGGAUCCCGAUGGGCGGCACCCGUCUGCCGCUGCACACGUUGACGGAGGCGACCAAGGAAAAGCUGCGGGCGGAUCUCGAGGAGGGCGGCUUCCUGAGAGGCGAUAUGUCCAGCGACUGCAACUCGUAGCCGCCCCGGUGCCGUGUGUAUCGGGGUCGUGUGUAUUUUAAUGUUUAUGGGUCCUUCCGCGCCUGAGGCUGCAUUCUGUGAGGACUUGAAGUGUGUCCCAGUACUCCUACCUAAUUAACUAUUCGACUCACACAAGUUGGGACCAAUGUUUAAUUAUAGCUAUAAUUUCCAGUCAUUUGUUUUGUACUGAAAUAUAUUUUUAAUGUUUGUGUGGUCUUGUGUUGUUUGGGGAAAGCGAUACCCCACCUGACUAUCAUGUUGACCACCAACCAAACCCUCAUGCUUCCGGGUACGGGAUUGAAGCCUGGUCGCAUGGGUGAGAAGCGCGGCACUUCUUUAACCGGCCGCCGCCCCAUGCCAUGUCCGGAGUGUGUACAUGUGUACGACACUAAAAGCACAUGCAUUAAACCCCUUUUCACAAAGCACGGUUAAAUAUUUGUAUGAAAUUGAGUGUAAUUGCACACCUUGUGGUGUAGUAUUAUAUAAUAAUAUAAUUAUUUUCACCAUUUUCAAUAUACUUACUAAUGGUUUAGUAUAAGUGCAAAUGGUACAAAUAGUUGUUGGUUGGCUUAUUUGUCAUACACAAUUUGCAGGAAUUUUUAGGAAAACGUUUUUUUUACUGUAAUAAUAAUAAGAUAAGCAACAUUACGCCACAUCACAUCUGUUAUAUCUUUGGGUUGGGAUGACUUGAUUGCGAUAACAAGACGUCGAGUUAUUUAAAUAUUCAUUCUCUCACAUUGUGUCAGUUUUUGUUACAUAAAGGCAAUUUUUUGUUUUAAAAUUAAACCCAUGAGUUAUUUGAUAUUCGUUCUGAUAUUUGCUGCUGUUACCGAAAUGCUUUAUAUAUUUAAAAAAACAUACAACACAUGCUUGGAUAUUCUUCGGUUUGUGCCAGUUGUUUUAUACCUCUAUCCAUUUUUUUUUAAAGCAACACUCAACAGUAUUGACUAUAACUUCUGUGAUGUUGUUGCUGUAAGCUCAAUGCUAUAUUCGUGUUCAGUAUGUGGUGAACGUAUUAUGCGUUCUCGUGUUUUAGUUGCAGUGAAUCCCUUCAUUAAAAAUAAUGCAUAGAAGAUGAUGGCAUAUCUAACUAAAAACUUCUUUUCAUUCAGUUAUUGCUACCUCAAUUUAGUUAUUGCUAUUCAUAUAACCCUCGUCCUGGGAAAACUGGGCUUAAUGCAUGAAUAUGCGUAAAGUGGCGUCCGAGAUACGCAUGCGCAGACCGCAAAGGCCAACCAGGGAUGGAAGUUUCCGCCUAGACUGGUUUGUUUUUUCGUUAAGAAGAGAUUUCCUUGGAACAUAUGUACCGUACAAGCGGACUGCAGAGGGAUAUCGGAUGACAACUUACGCAAAUGUUUUGGCCCAGUUUUCCCAGAGCGAGGCUCAUUUGUAUUUAAAAAAUGAAUAAAUAUUCCGCAUGCUAUCCAGCUUUGUAACGUCUUUAAUACCGUAAAUCGUCUUAACUUUGUUUGGUUGAUUUCAAAGAGUAAAUGAAAACAGUUCGAUGGCCAUAAGGUGUAAUGUUUACACAAUAGUUGAUUGUUGUAGUUAGGAUUUGUUUAUUUAUUAUUUUUGCUAGAUGGCUUCGAAAGCCCGGGUCUUUAACAGAUACUCUCGAGUCAGUUUCCUGGGUUGAAUAAAAACUUAAGAUGUUCAGAGCUCUCCGAGAGACCCGUAACCUUCUGCUCACACCAUCCAUCCAUCCAUCCAUCCAUCCAUCCAUCCAUCCAUCCAUCCAUCCAUCCAUCCAUCCAUCCAUCCAUCCAUCCAUCCAUCCAUCCAUCCAUCCAUCCAUCCAUCCAUCCAUCCAUCCAUCCAUCCAUCCAUCCAUCCAUCCAUCCAUCCAUCCAUCCAUCCAUCCAUCCAUCCAUCCAUCCAUCCA